AUGGUUAGGUUCUGUUUCACGUUGGGCAUUCCGCUAAAUCGCAGCCCAUUCCAAGGCCCAAUCCUGUUCUCGAGAACCCCGCGAUUUCUGAUGAUGAUCUGCGGGUAUCCCGUGAUUUCCAUUCCGAUCGUGAAAUCUCCCGGAGAAGGGUCGUUUUCCGACUUCCACGACGUGAGGUGUUUUUCUUCUCCGGUGAGACGUCCCGACCGACAUUCCAGGGACGAACGUGUCGGUGGGAAAGUCGAAGCUCUGCCACAAGUAGUUGUUACUGUUCGGUUUUUCUCGGAUUACGAGAUUUCCAGAGUCGAGCAAUUGGGCCAACGGGACCAUAUUGUUCGGUUAGUUGUUUCGUCGCGGAUAAGCAACUGGCCGGAAGAGUUGACUGUGAGGAUGCCGUUUGUUAGUGGGGAUUCGCGGUUAGCGACCCAAAUGACGGUUCGAGGUGUUAUGUUUUUGUACCAAAUUCCAAGGUAUCGGUUUGUGGAGGUGUUGGGGCUGAAAAAACCAAGCUCGAAAAUCUGUGUGGAGGAGACUAGUGUUUGGCCGUCUCGAAGGACGUGGUUCGAGUUUAUUGUGUCGGCCGAACUGGAAAUUCGGACAACACGCAGAAAAAGACAUAGUAUGAAAAGAAGAAAAGAAGGGGCUUUACUGGAUCUUGUUAAAUAUCUUGGGUGGACUUGA